AUGUCAUCGAGUGAUAGUUGUCCGACUUAUGAGUCACUCCUCGAGUCGCUUGUCGUCCGCCAAAAGCCCUUUAAAUGUAAUUACAAGGAAUGUCACAAAAGUUUCGCCACUCAAUCACUAUUGGAUGCACACAAACACCGCAAACAUGCCGUCGAAGACAUCACUCUUCGGGAACCGAUUGUUAGCUCAACCGAUGCCAGAGACCAGUCGACGACAGCCGCAGAUGACGGUCAACAGCAGCAGUCAAUGGCCACUACGGCUGUCCCACCAAUGGUGCCGACAAUCACAUCCACUUCCAGUCCCGACAACCAAUCGCUGGACAACACGUGCGAUGACGAUUCAGACACAGAUAUCGAAAUCGUAGACACAAUACCGGCGCUAAACACCGGCCAAACACUAACACAAUUCAGUGAUCAACAAUUGCUCAACACUUCACUCGUAGACCACAACCCGUGCCUUAAUAUUAACACAAAUACUGGUCACACGUCCGCCGAUAACCCGCUGCCGACUACCGGCCAAACUGUCAUUGAUUUGCCGACAACUCAUAUCUGCCGUAUCGACGGCUGUGGCCUCCAGUUUACCAUUGAAUAUAAGCUAAUCGCACACCAGAGGGUUAUGCACAAGACAACGGCUCCUGGCGUUAGCUUCCGGUACGACACGAGUGGUGUCCGGUUGACAGCACCGGUACCCAAACGGCACGGCUGUGCGCACAACGGUUGCGGCCUAUCGUUUGCAACUAAACUGGCGAUGAGAAUACACUUACAGUCUGACCACUCGCCCGCUGGUGGCGGACAGUAUUGGUACGACUCCCGCACCCAAUCAUAUCACACCAAACAAGCGCUCGACAAACAGCGGCUGACUGUCCACUCGGCGGCCACUCGUGUACUUCAGACGUCCGUUGAGAUUGAAGUUAAUGUUCCGGCAGUUGUUAUGGACACUACAGCGGCUGAUGAUAGACUUGUAGAGCCCAUGACUGUCCUACCGGUGCAGUCAAUCACUGCCACCACUGAUCCAAACAACAGGUUUGAAAACAACACGCCUUCAGUGCCGACAAUCGCCACCACUUCCUGUCCCGACAGUCAAUCGCUGGACAACACGUGCGAUGACGAUUCAGACACUGAUAUCGAAAUCGUGGACUCAAUACCGGCGGUAAACACCGGCCAAACACUCAGUGAUCAACAAAUGCCCAACACUUCACUCGUGGACAACAAGCCGUGCCUUAAGUACUGUUUGAAUCACAACUCAUUAGUUGUUACGGACACUAAUGCUGAUGAUAGACCUGUAGUGCCCACGACUGUCCUAUCGGUGCACUCAAUCACUGAUCCAAACAACAGUGAUCUGAAACCUGAUCUCAAAGCAAUAAACGCAAUACCGGAGCCCAAAAGCACGGCUGAUGUAAAGCCAUUGACAGUCCACUCGGCGGCCGCAGAGACACUACAGGCGACCAUUCCUAUGGACACUACAGUUCCUGGUGAUAGACCGGUAAAGACCACGACUGUCCCACCCGUGCAGUCAAUCACUGCCACCACUGAUCCAAACAACAGUGAUCUGAAACCUGACUUUAAACCUGAACUCAAACUGAUUGUCAAACCUGAGCUAAAAUACACCGUCGAUACAAAGCCAGUGCCGGCGACCACUGGACACACAAUAGACCAGAAAUAUAUUGAGAUUUCCGAUACGAGUAGUGAUGAAAACAGUGGACUUGAAAUAGUGGCUGAGUAUCGGCGCGACAAUUGCGGCCAAUCAUUGACCAGACAUGCGGCUGACGGCCAGUGCCAGCCAUUAGCAGACACUAAAGUGGCCAUCAGUUCCGAUAUCAAGAUAGAGAGCGAAACAGUGAAACCGGAAGUGAGUGGUGCGCAUCCGUGCGGUCGAUGCACGCAAUCGUUUGAUACGGUCGACCAAUGGGCGGAGCAUAAGCUCACGUGUAACAGAUGCCCAAAGUGUUGUGUACUGUUUGUCAACGGGUUUCAGCGCAUACACCAUAUGGCCACUCAUCACCCGAGAAGCAAAGCACCGAAUUGGUUGCGCAAAGCGACAAAACAGGUCCGAAAACAUACAAGAGUUGGCCGCAAACCGGCCAAAAAAGGGCCGCACAAACGUCGACCGAUACGGUUUCGGUGCAAACAGUGUCCGAUGCGAUACACGUCAGCCGUAUGGUUCGCCAAACACAUGGCAAGCGUCCACUGCCAGCCGCGGCGGCUGAAACUGGGCGCCAAACCGAAGCCGUUUGCGUGUACUAAGUGUCGGAAACGGUACCUAAAGGCUGAAACACUGGCCAAACACGAGCGCACCCGACACUCGCACGCCUGCCAUCUGUGCGACAAACAGUUUGUCAGAGCGAAGAAGUUGAUGCGACACCAGAAGUGUUUCCACUCGCUGUUACCGCCGAAGUCGAUGACGUGCGAGGAGUGCGGCAAAGGGUUCGCCACAUUCAACGCUUUGGCCGAUCAUAAAAGGGAUAAAAAGCAUUGA